CCCCACCCAGCCCCACGCCGCCUUCACCGCAGCCGCCCAGCCCACCACCGCCGCCUGUCUGCCCCUUCAACACGACUCCUGUUGGUCUCUACAUCACAACGUGCAGCGGCUGCACCUUUGUCGACAGCCGCUGUGUGUUGGAAUGCGCUGCUUGUUCCCGGAUUGACGGAACCGCGGUAGCAUCGAGCCUGAGCCUCGUGACGUGCCGGCCGGGCUGGUCGCUGUACAGCAGGGAUGACGGUCAGCUGGAUUGCUCCGCGUUUGCUGACGACCUUGGUCCGAUCACGUGGGUCUACCAGAGCGGUACUGGACGCCACGUGAUGUGGCCAUCUCGAGAGCCUCGAGUCAUUCUCACGGCCCCAGUGGCUGUGCAUGCGGAGAACCCUCAACAGAUUUGGCACAUCAGGACGAUUGACCAAGCCAAUGCAAUCAGCAUAAUCCACCCAGCUGCCAACGCGUCGCUCUGCUGGGACGUUGCAUGGAGUUCCCAGGACGAUGGAGCCAAGGUUGUCCUAUACCCCUGCUAUGAGUCGGGUCUCCAAGCCAACCGCAAGUUCAAGAUCGUGCAGUCAUGCGUGCCCGGAGAGGUGCACAUCAUUGCCAUGCACAGUGGGAAAUGCUUGGGUACAAACCUUGCUAACGACGACUUUGCGCAGUAUACCUGCCAUUACGGACCCAGCCAACGCUUCAGGAUCCAGGGAUCAGCCCAGCCAGGCUCGCCCACGGCCCCCGUGCUUAACCCCACGUUUGCGAUUGCGCCCGCGGUCCAACCGCAGUGCAGCCCCCUACCUCCCAGCCUACCACCGCCCAGCCCACCGUUGCCUCCCAG